AUGAAGUAUCUGAGCAAGUUGCACGACGAGAUUUCCAAGCUGAAGAUCGAGAACGCGAACCUGCGCAGUGCCAUGAAGAGCAGCCGCAAAGAAACAGACCCGGUGAAGAAGUCCGACGCCGGGCCGGCUGCCGUGCAGACCCUGGCAACGGGCUCUUCCAGCAUGAACAUCAGCCAGUUGUUGAAUCACGAGGAGGACGAGCCCGAUAAGCCAGACCGGCCGGCCAACGAGGUGAUUCCGCCGUUUCUGGACAAGUACGGGCGGAUGAUCCAUUCGCGAACGGGCGAAGGGUUCUACAUUGGCAAUUCGUCCAUGACGCUUUUUGGGCUGGAAAUUAACCGGCUGGUUGCACCACUGAUGAACAGCGAUGCCCCGGCCUCGUUGGAGACGCCAGCGACGGAUCAGACCACAGACACUGUUCUGGAGCGCGAGGGUAACGCGUACCGCAUUGUUCUGGGCCAGACACUAUCUCGACCGGGCAUCAACGUGAACUUUGCUCUGCCCAGCUACAGUUAUGCCAUGUUAUUGGUGGACACGUUUAUUUCGUACAACGACGGGUGUUUCUACUUUUUCAACGAAGGAAUGGUGAAAGAGAACCUGCGGCGACUGUACAACGACGACGGCGCCGGGUUCCAGCCCGACUUUGGCGGAGAAAACGAGUCUAUUCUGGAAACUAUUUGGUUCUGCAAGAUUUUACUGAUUUUCGCUGUUGGUGAAAUCUAUCUUGGAACAGCCAACGAUUUGAACGGGUACAAAAUCAAGGACAAGAAGAAGAAACAGAAACUGAACCGCACCACACCGUUGCCCGGUUCUGGAUUCUUUGUGCAAGCCAGCGAGCUAUUCACAGCCAUUUUCUCCAGUGGCUCCAUUGACAACUGUGCCAAGCAAGGCGGCAUCGAGGUGCUUCUUUUGUACGCGUUCUACUUGCAAGUGGCCGACUGCACGAUCGCGUCGUACUUCUACUUUGGAAUGGCGCUGCGUGCGUCGCUGAUCAUGGGAUUCCAUGUCGACGUUGGAAAAGACUCUCUCAACAGAUACGAGCUGGAACACCGCCGUCGACUCUGGUGGACCGUGUACAUUUUCGAGCGGAUGCUGGCAUCCAAGGCGGGUCUGCCGUUGUCGCUAACGGACGACGACAUCUCGACAGAACUACCAGACGACUUUGACAUGUCCAAUCCGCCAGAAGGAUGCGAGAACUACAUCUUCCCCGAGGCCGAGUUCAUCCGCAACUGCGUCAAGAUCACCCAGAUCAACGCAAACAUCCUGCGCAAGCUGUACACGCGACAGCCGUCCAGCAACAUCCUGCCGAUCGUGCACGAGCUCGUGGUGAGCCUGUUCAAAUGGAAAAAAGCACUGCCCGACUACGUCAACUGCGACUACCAGCAAACAGACAUCAACGUGAACCGGCUCGUGGUCAACAUGAUGACCGAGUACUUCCAGGGCAUCAAUCUGGCGGUGCGGCCGCUGCUGUUCCAUUUUGUGCUGCUCAAUUUGAAGUCGGAGCACCCGAAAAGCGGCACGUUUCUGGACCUGUCGAGCUACUCGUCCACGAUCCUGACGCUGCUCAACGCGUCGUUCCAGGCGUCCAUCAACACCAUCCGGUCACUCUGGGCGCUGGUCCCGGAGAACAUGCUCUCGCUGUUUGGCUACAUGGACAGAGAGUACCUGUUUGCGGCGACCGCGACGCUGGUGCUGUUCAACGCCACGUUUGGCGUGCACGACGCCACGCUCGAGCAUCUGGACCACGCGCUGAUCAUGUUCACCAAGAUGCGCAAUCUUGGCAACCACCCGGCCGCGCUCCGCAGAGACCAGCUGAUCAAGCUGCUCACUCUGCUCGACUUUAAUGGCCGCAACACCGGCCUAAUUCGGAAACACACCGACAACAUCGACGCGCCGACGCAGGGGGUCAACCACGACCAGGCAAAGACUGGCACCAGCUACUACCGCCAGGACCAGGCGUUCAGUUGGCCGCCAGACUCCCAGGCCCGGCUCGGACCCCUGCGCGAGUCCAUGUCGCCCGGAGUGGCAGAACCGCACGGCCAGUUCUUCUCGCCGUCCCUGCUACCGUCGAUGGGCCAGAUCGGCGACGUGCCAGACCUGGACUCAAUGGUGGCCGACUCGGGCGACAUCAAGCUUUGGAAAGACGUUACAGACCAGGCCGUCUGGCUCGCAGGAGAUAUAGAACCAGAGUUCAACAUCCUGGGCAAAAUCUAA